GAUGAAUGACUUCCUGUGGCAGGUGAGUAUAAAUAUGCCAGCUGCUCCGUACAGUCGUCACUUGUCUUACAGCGCCACAACAACAAACAUGAUCCGUCAGGUGUUCGCCAUCGUUAUUCUGUGCCUAGCUGUUGCCUCUGUUAGCUGUAGUGGAGGAUACGGCAGUGGAGGAUUUGGAGGUUUUGGAGGAUUUAGCGGUGGAGGAUUUGGCGGUGGAGGAUUUGGCGGUGGAUACGGAGGUGGAGGAUUUGGCGGUGGUAGAGGAUUUGGCGGCGGUAGAGGAUUUGGGGGCGGUAGAGGAUCUGGCGGCGGUAGAGGAUUUGGCGGCGGCUAUGGAGGUGGAUUUGGUGGUAGAGGUGGAUUCGGAGGUCGAGGUGGAUUCGGAGGUGGUUCGUUCGGCGGACGUUCCGGCGGCUACGGAUACGGCAAGUAAACGAGAGUCUUCACUUCAUGACAUCAAAGAGGAAGAUCUUCAAACCUUUUCAGUCAUUAAACACGACAACAAAAUGAACUUGUUUAUAUGAAGGUUUUAUAAUAUUAUGAAUAAUAAAUAUUCUUGGCAGUA